AUGGUAUCAGGUGCCCUGGGACUGGUGUUACAGAUUGUUGAUUUGAGGUCUCAAAGAAGAAAAAAGGCCCUAGAAAUUUCUCACCAAUGGUAUCAGUACAAGAGGCAGGCUGAUGAUCUCCUGAAAUGCUUGGAUGACAUUGAAAAAAAAUUAGCCAGCUUACCUGAGCCCAGAGAUGAGAGGAAAAUAAAGGAAAUUGAUCGUGAAUUGCAGAAGAAGAAAGAGGAGCUGAAUGCAGUGCGCAGGCAAGCUGAGGGCUUGUCUGAGAAUGGGGCCGCAAUGGCAGUGGAGCCAACUCAGAUCCAGCUCAGCAAGCGCUGGCGGGAAAUUGAGAGCAAUUUUGCCCAGUUUCGAAGACUCAACUUUGCACAAAUUGUGAGUUGUUACUGGCAAACCCACGUAUGUGUUUGCAACUACUACUCUAUUAACAGAAGCCUACUAACACCACCAAAAAUCUGGGCUAUUGUGCAUUCUAAAAGUGAGUAGUUACCCUCACUUUGGGCUUCUGUAACUCAAAAGCUUAAUUUUCAAGAUUAAAGACAAAAGGACAAGUGAUAGGAAAAGGCCCCUUAUUCAAAAUGAAAAGGAAAAACUAUACAUCUCUAAUUUCUUUUGCUGCAUUGUUUUUCAUAACAUUGGCAAUGUGAAUUUGUCAAUUUCUCAUACAUUUAUUUACUUCACUGUCUAAUUCAGAAAUAUACAUUGCUUUCCUCUGAGAUCAUCCCAUGCUAAUUUUACUUUCUUACUGUAUACAUAGUGAAUAAUAAAUAUUUCAUGAAAUACGUUAUUUUGACCUAAAUACGGUC